GCAACACUACAACAAACAGCAACGGCUCCGGCUAGCUAAACGUUUUGUGAGAAGUAACUCGUAACUCAUUCGUUUUGUCGUUUGUUCUUUUAUUGCUGUUAAAACUUAUAUAUUCGUCGAUCAAUACUAGAUGUCGAAAAGUUUAAAAGUGCUAUAAUUUGUUACAAAAACAACGUACUAAUUACUGUUUCAAACUUCAUUACCUAAAGUGAACCCUUAUAUGUGAAAACGGAAUAUUUACCCUAAAGGAUAACGUGAUUUCGGCAUUGUUUCUUUUUAAAUACCAUCAAUGCAACAUGGACAACUUGGAUGAUUCAGAGAACAAUGCGAAGAUUUCAGAUUCAGCUUACUCAAACAGUUGCAGUAACAGUCAAUCUAGGAGGAGUCAUAGUUCUAAGUCUACACAUUCUGGAAGCAAUUCCAGUGGCAGCAGUGGCUAUGGCGGAAAACCCUCAACAUCUGGAAGCAGCAACAACUUGGGUCAGCCACCUAAAAAAGAUAAGGAACCCAAGAAAAAGAAGCCCCAAAUUGAAACAAUGGUCCCAGAUGUAGUUGUGGAAACGGAGGCCAGGGCGCCUGAGCCGGUCCCUACAUUUGAUGCUCCGAAAGAAGAUCAGCUAGAUGUUAUCCCGUCGCUGCCACCUGCGCAUGCUCAAUCAGAGAAGGGAGUGGAGAACAUGGACAUAUGUACCCCUGAGUUGAAUACUCUAAAAGAUGAGGUGGUUUCCUGCAACAUAUCUCAGGUGAAUCCUGGAUCAAGCUUUGUGACCGGUCGGCCCCUACAAGCUACAUAUUGCGCGGUGCAAAGUAAACGAUACCAAGAGAUUGGCCGCUUCGAGAUGCGAUGUGAGAGCUCUGAACAGUUGCGUUGCAAGGAUGGAUUUUCAUGCGUUAUAUCCAUGCAUGAUGGUGUCGUUAUGUACGCAACAUCAUCAUUGACGACUACUCUUGGGUUCCCCAAAGACAUGUGGAUCGGAAGGUCGUUCAUCGACUUCGUUCAUCCAAGGGAUCGCAACACCUUUGCAUCACAAAUCACGAAUGGUUUGGCCGUCCCUAAAAUUGUUAAUGGUACGCAAGAAAAAGUUCAAUCUCCAGCUAACUCGGUGUCCACAAUGGUUUGUCGGAUACGGCGGUACAGAGGCCUCACCACGGGGUUCGGUGUUAAAGAGAGAGUCGUGGGCUUCAUGCCGUUCCUGCUCAAACUCACCUUCAAAAACAUAAGCGACGAAGAGGGUAAAGUCAUCUACUUGGUUAUACAGGCGACACCAUUUUUCUCUGCGUUUAAAACGCCGAACGAGGUGGUGGUGAAAGCGGUGCCCUUUGUCAUAAGACAUGCGGCCAAUGGCCACAUUGAAUAUGUGGACCCUGAGUCGGUGCCCUACCUGGGGUACCUGCCGCAAGAUCUCGCUGACAAGGACGCGCUGAUGCUGUACCAUCCUGAUGACUUGAUGUAUCUACGACAAGUUUAUGAUACCAUCGUCAAAGAAGGAGGUCUCCCUAGAUCUAAGGCUUAUCGGAUGAUUACACAAAACGGUGACUACAUUCGGUUGGAAACGGAGUGGUCGUCAUUUAUCAAUCCUUGGUCUAAGAAACUGGAAUUCGUCAUUGGAAAACAUCAUAUCUUAGAGGGCCCGACCAACCCAGACGUGUUUCAAUCUCCUGAGCCGGAAAAAUCGAUGAAAAUUCCCGAAGAAGAAAAAAACAAGGCACAAAUGCUGAGAGAAACGAUUAUUCGAACAAUGAAUGAGGCUCUGACUAAACCCGCGGAAAUAGCGAAGCAACAGAUGAGCAAGCGUUGUCAAGAUCUGGCUUCGUUCAUGGAGAGCCUAAUGGAGGAAGUGCCCAAGACUGAUGAGGAAUUGCGCUUGGAGAUACACGAUCCUGAUCACAGCUACUAUGAAAGGGACUCGGUGAUGCUUGGUGGGAUUUCCCCACACCAUGACUAUUAUGAUAGCAAGUCUAGCACUGAGACUCCGUUGAGUUACAACCAACUGAACUAUAAUGAAACGCUGCAGAGGUAUUUCGAUAGUCACCAACCUAUCUCCUAUGAGGACUACAACACGGUCACCGGCGAAAACAUUCUCGGACUGAAAGAUCCGAGACCAAUCAUAAAUCAUUGCCUGUCUCCGAUGGCGCAGCAUUCGGGGGACUCUGGGGAAAUGACCUGCUCGUCAGAUUCCAACGGCAUGGUCAUGGGCAGUAACAGUCCCGUGAUGCCCCUCGGAGACUACCAACCAAUACGUCUCACUGAGGCGUUGCUUAGCAAAUCGUUUAAAUUUAAUAGGCAUAAUGCUGAUAUGGAAAAAGAGUUAAUGAAGAUGCAUAGAGAGACUCGUUCUAGCAGUAAGGGGGAAAGGGAGAAGAACUCGAAUGAGACUAGAAAGAAGAAGAAGGAGCACUUGGCGCGCUGUAACGCGUCCUACCAUCCUACCAGUGCUGGCGCCACCAAUACCGAGCAUCAGCAGCCCCAUGGUGUAAAGCGUACGUCUAAAAUGAUGGACGCUGAUGCCGGCGCGCACAAGCACCACUGCCCGUCGCCGCGUCAGGCGCGCCGCAACAAACGCACGCUGUCGACCAACGCGGCCGUCGCCCAACCAUCCACCAGUAUUACCACUACAACUGUCGGUCAGUUGGCUACAGCAUCGAAUCAUUGGCCAACCCCUCCUGCAAACAAUAUGAACACGUUCAUCUUGGGCGUAGGGAUUCCUCAGCAGAUGUCUAUAAUGAGCCCCAUGCCUCAUCCUAUGCAGGCCAUGCACACUAUGCCGGCGGUGCCAGGCAUGUUCCCGAUGUACUACGCUCCGGCGGCCGCGCCGCAACCGAUGCCUACAAGCUCAGGACAUCAUCACAUUCCUUCUAGCAGCCAGCAUCAGUUCCCUGCACCCAUGAUGAUGUACAGCCAGCCGAUGUACGGAGCUCCGUUCAUGUACUCGCCAAUGGCGCAACAAAUGUCUUACCCCAUGCAGCAAUCUCACAUGAUGGCUCAGUCCAUGCAACAGUACACCAAUACAAUGAACCCUUUAGGGUUGACCAGCAGUAACUACGAAGAGGCUUGUAAGCCCAGUUUAACAUUGAGGCCAAGUAAGGUGCAAGGCGGUGUGUGGCGUGACAAGAAAAGAGCAGAAUCUCAAGGCACAUCUUCAAAAACAGACAACGGCAGCGCAGAUAGUAACUCAUCUACGAAUGCGUUGAAUCGGGUGUCGGGGACGCACAAAAGUCAGAGUGGGAACGAGAAGUCUACGAUAUACUCAACUGACAUCAGAUCUUCAAACAGUAUGAGCGCUAAGCCUAACUUGGUUACGCGUUCGUCGAGGCAGGAUUGGCCUAGACUCGGCCUUAUACCUCAGAGCACAGAGGCUGUGCCGAACACUCCACCUUCAGCCAGGGAGAGUCGCCUCAGCAAGCUGAAUCGGCUGGGCAACAGCGAGGAGACCCCCGACAAGACUGAUGGAGAGUCUAGCUACUCGUCCUUCUACUCUUCCUUUUUUAAGACUGAGUCCGGUAGUGCCGAGGAUAGUGGUGACGGCAAGAAUGGCAAGGACAAGCAAGCUAGGAGCCCCCUAAAUCUGACAUCUUCAUACCAUUUAUCUCAUCCAACGAAGAAGGUUGCCAGGAGGAAAAUGGAACCGCCAUGGCUGGAACAGGUUUGCGUGACGUCAGAGUUAGUCUACAAGUACCAAAUCCUUACCAAGUCUAUGGAGGAGACUUUGUCCUCCGACAAACAGAAGAUGAAAACUCUGGAACAGCCUUCUCUGGUGAACGAGCAGCUGAGCCAGUUAUACCUAGACCUCCAAUUAGAAGGUGCUGCCGCGAGGCUGACCUUGGAGGAAGGUAUCACUAGUUCAAGUAGUUCCGGCGAAGAAACAACCACCGUUACAAAGCAUGCUUCUAACAGAGCCUCAACUUCUGGAAGAAGCGAAGGAAAGAGACAUACGACUUCACGCAGGAAACGGGAGUACAGCAAGUUAGUUAUGAUUUACGAAGAGGAUGCGCCCUUGCCGCCGCCCCCAGAAGACGCAGUAGAAGGAGGAGAGGCAUCCAGCUCGUCCACUUGUUAAAUUAAGGACCGUCCAAGGUCUAGUCGCAAGGUCUCCGUCUCCCUCGUCACGUUAUGUCGUAGCAAUGCACAAUAAUAGUAUAUUAAUUUGCAUUUAAGCGUCAUGAUAUACUCACGACGGUUCAGGGAAUGUUAAACUUCAAAUAUUCGUAAAUAGACAUAUAGGUGAGUGUAAGUUUGGACAUGUGUCGUAGCUGUGUGUUUGACGGACCUUCGUUCUACGAUGAAGACAUCGUGCUUGUGCUCGUGUCUUCGGACCCAGAUCUCAUUCAGUUCUCGAGUUAACUUGAAUGCAGUCGUCGUGUGGUGUGAUUCCAAUAUAGUUACUUAAGUAUCUGAGUUACGUUUAUCCUCUGUAUCGACUGCCAUUAGCACCAAAUAAUAGUGAUCGUAGAAUACUUUGCUUAAUUGAUAAAUAUGUAAAUUGAAUUAUUUUUGUUGCGUGUGUUAUUUUUUGCUUGUAUUUUAUGACACAAAUUCUAAUACUGAAUUGUAAAAUUGUUUAUGUAAACGUGAGUUACUUUGGGAAUGUUAAGAAUACGAGUUUAAUUUGUUAAACCUAUUCUAGUCUGUGAUACACAAAUUCCUAUUACAGAUAGUAGGUAGUACAACUAGAUGAAAAGAGAUUUAUAUAUAUAUAUAUGAUUAUAUACGUCAUUUAAUGUAAAUGAGUAAAUUAUAUUGUUAUAUCGGGGUACCAAAAACCAGUGAACUCAAUUUGAGCGCUUAUUGUAUCCUUAGUUCUCUUAACAUUCCGUUUGGUGCUCAGUUGCUCACAAUGGCUUAUAAAGUAUUUUAACAGGGUAAAGUAUUAUCAUGAAUCAGAAUCAAAUAUUAUAUUUUCAUAAGUAUAUUUAUACACAUAAUUAUAUAUGUAUACGAGCGUUAUGUUUACUGAAUUAUACUUACAGUCAAAGACUUAUUGCCUUUACUGGAUUACGCAAGACAUUGCUAUGUUGGUUGUGCGUUGUCCUAUUUAUGCAUUUGGAAUAAAUAAAUAAAAUAAAUAGCUGGACUGACUUGAACGUAAUGUGAUAUGAAAGAAUUGUCAGGUUUCAGCGACUUUAUCAUUUGUUGUAUACUUAAUUGGUUAUUUUUACGUUAUCGAAUGAUUAUUUUGUGUGUUAAUUUUAUUUUAUGAAACAAAAGUGUUAAAAUAAACUCAUCAUCGUAACAGGUGCCUUAGAAUCGAUCUUUAAACUAUUGUUCAGUGUGAAUUUAAUCGAUCAACAUUACAAAAAUAGAUUUUAUUUUGUUUUAAACAGUUGUUAGAGUAUGUUGUGUUAAUAUGUUGUUGGCAAAAGUCCGUGCAGGGUUUUGACAUUAUCAACUUUUGUUUAGUAUUUCCUACUAAAAGAAUAAAAGUCUUUUUGAGAUAUCUCUUUAUAUCUGAAACGAGUUUGUAAUUAAAUUUACAUAAUGCAUUUAUUAUAAAUGGUAUGUGAUUGAUGAAUUAAUGAGAUUUUAAUGUGUUGAGAGUCUAGUUUUGUACAGUAAGAUAUAUUUUUUUUAUUCAGAGAAAUUUUAAAAAUUAUGAAUUUGUUCGUGCGGUCUUUAAAUGCCAAGGUUACCAAAUUUUUGAUUUAGCUUAUAGAAAUUUGAAAUACUUAAAUGAGGCAUUCAUUCCUAUGUUUAGAAUCAGAACAGACAGAAUAGGUAACUCCAUAGUUACCUUAGUCCUAGUUAAAAUAUGCUGUAAGUGUGAUUAAUGUUAAGUUUGAUACGAUAGUUAUUUGUAAAUAUUAUUUGCGCACUAACGAUUACAAUAAGUUGGUGUUUAUUAUUACGUUAAAUUUAAAUUAUUCGUUUCUGAUAGAGACGUAUAAAAGAUUUUUAUAUUUAAGUUGACAUAUAGUAUUCAUGCUGUUUUAUAGUUGAAUACAUAGUUAAUUAUAUGCAAAGAUGUUUCUUUUUAUUUUUAUCUUGUGCGUGGUAAUUAUCCUGCCAUUUUCGUCACAUAAAAACAGAAAGAAAUGUUGAAUAUUACCAGUAAUUUUAUUCGUAAUUUCAAUUUAACUAGCGGAGUAAAGUUAGUUUAAAAGCGGUAUUUUGAAUGGUCAAUUCUAGUUCCCUUUAGAUGUAUCGUAAUUUGACGUUUACCACUUUUGACUCUUCUUUCUAAUUUAGAUUACUAACGCUUAUAAGGGAAGGAAGAAGAAUUACAAUUUUCUUAAAAUCAUUGCCAUUAAGUAAUUAAUUUUAUUCGCUAAUUAUUACGAGUUGGCUUCUACUUUAUUGAUGUUGCUUAUUAUUUUUAAAUUAAUUAAUUACAUUAUGAAGAAAAUUAAAUGUUACGAAUAAUUCACCAAAAUAUGACAUUUCUGUGAAAUAAAUGAUUGGAAAGUGAA